GCCUGCAGGCAGCUUCGGAAGCCACCCUGGUGGUGGCACCAGACCGACCUCUCAGGCAGCCUGACCCCUGCGCCUUCCCCGCCACCCGCGCUGUCCAUGGAUUUUAUUGCUGGAGCCAUCGGAGGUGUCUGCGGUGUUGCUGUGGGCUACCCCCUGGACACGGUGAAGGUCAGGAUCCAGACAGAGGCCAAGUACACGGGCAUCUGGGACUGCGUCCGGGACACGUAUCACCGAGAGCGGGUGCGGGGCUUCUACAGGGGCCUCUCGCUGCCCGUGUGCACCGUGUCCCUGGUCUCGUCCGUGUCCUUCGGCACCUACCGCCACUGCCUCGCGCACAUCUGCCGGGUCCGCUACGGCAGCGCGGACGCCAAGCCCGCCAAGACCGACAUCACGCUCUCGGGCUUUGCCUCUGGCCUCGUCCGCGUGUUCCUGACCUCACCCACCGAGGUGGCCAAGGUCCGCCUGCAGACGCAGACGCAGGCGCAGCAGCGGCGGCCCUCAGCCUCGGGGCCCUUGGUGCCCUUGGCUGCGCCUCCCCCCUGCCCCGCGCCCUCCGUGGGUCCGCUGCCCGGGCCCAGGUACCGCGGGCCGCUGCACUGCCUGGCCACGGUGGCCCGGGAGGAGGGGCUGCGCGGCCUCUACAAGGGCAGCUCGGCCCUGCUCUUCCGGGACGGGCACUCCUUCGCCACCUACUUCCUCUCGUACGCCAUCCUCUGUGAGUGGCUGACUCCCGCCGGCCAAAGCCGGCCAGAUGUCUCGGGCGUGCUGGUGGCCGGUGGCUGUGCCGGGGCGUUGGCCUGGGCCGUGGCCACCCCCAUGGACGUGAUCAAGGCGCGCCUGCAGGCGGACGGCCGGGGCCGCCAGCGCUACCGCGGCCUCCUGCACUGCGUGCUGACCAGCGUUCGGGAGGAGGGGCCGCGCGUGCUCUUCAAGGGGCUGCUGCUCAACUGCUGCCGUGCCUUCCCCGUCAACAUGGUCGUGUUCGUGGCUUACGAGGCCGUGCUGAGGCUCACGCGGGGCCUGCUCACAUAGCUGCUGACCCCCACCCACUCCGGGGGUGGGGCGCCAACC